AUGGUCUUUCUCCUCCACUUGAAAGCUUAUGCAUACACGAACAGGACGACCCGGCAUGAGAAAGCAGAGGACGCCGAGGACAUCAAAUUCAUUCUCACCUGCUUGAUUAGAAAACAUCAGCGAGCAAGCAGAGAACAACGCGCGUGGGCAAUGCCUGACCGAUUUUGGUCGAAGUUCGCGUGUGACUACCCUGAUCAAGAGGCGAACCUCUACGCCGUGGGAUUGUUACGUGGUCAAGCUCCAAGUAGUGGAGUAGUUUCGACGACGUCUCAAGUCCUGAAGGGCAAAGAUGUCGAUGAAGCUUUUCAUUUCUCAGCGGAAGCCUCGGCAACACAAGAGUAUGAAGAUUUUGCUGCCAGCAUCCUCGGGCCCUAG